AACAUCUGCACGCGGCAAUGGUUUGUCAACGUAAGAAAAGUCAAAGAAAGAGUGAACUUUUUGAAAGUAUUGGAUCAAUAAAAUACCGUAUUCCUUCCUCAGACUAAAACAAAAGAAAGUUAAUCACUUCAGAAGACGGGAAGAAAAUUGCAAGUGGAUCACAAACAGUGGAAAUACGUUUUAACCGGUGAACGAAAAGGCUAUGGAUAAUUUGGACCUUGCAGCAGUGUACGUAUCGGAUGCCCAGUAUAACAGGAAAAUUGUUUUUGACACAUCACCUCAAGCGAUAAGAUUGUACUUGCUCUAUAACCACUGGGGGAUGCAGUUCCUGGUGUAUGCCUUCAUUGUAAUAGACCUGGCUUUGGCCAUCUUUGAAGACCCAGCAGUCAUUCCCCUGCCAAUAUGGGCAACCACAAUGAUAGAGAUAGUUUGUCUGUCAGCCUUCGGUUUUCGCCUUGUUCAUUACGCCAAAGUCAUCCCACUGGAAAGGUUUUGGAAAGACCCAAAGAACAUCUGCAUCAUUGUCAUUAUUUUGCUCUCUCUAGUUGACAUCAUCAUUUAUUGGUUGUUGAAAGCCAUUGGUUUAUUCGCUGUCCGCUGGUCGCGGGUACUGAGGCCUCUCCUACUGGUCAACAUUACUGAAGGACGACAGCUCCGUAGAGCAUUACGAAGCAUACGGAAUGCAUUGCCUCAGAUCCUCUGCGUCUUCCUGCUCUUCAUGUUCAGCGUGUUCAUGUUCUCACUUUUGGCCCUCAAACUCUUUGUGAAAAGGGGCCUUACAACAACCGAUGGGGACGCCUAUUUCACCAGCUAUCUGGAGAUUGUCUUUGAUCUCUAUGUCUUAGUAACGACUGCCAAUAGUCCUGAUGUCAUGAUGCCAGCGUAUAACUCCAGUGUUUUCUUUGCUUUGUUCUUCUUCAUCUACAUCCUCAUCAACACCUACAUCUUCAAUUCAGUGUUCUUGGCGAUCGUGUACAACAACUACAAAAAGUACCUAAAGCAAGAAGUACGGCAGCUUGUCAAGGUCAAGAGGCACAAAAUGGUACAAGCCUUUGAAUUGCUGCAGGAGAAGAAGGGAGAGGAGACUGUUGUGACCCAGGCCAGUUGGAACCAGCUUGUGCGUUUGGUCCAGCCAGACAUCAGCAAUGCCCACAGGGAGCUGCUGUGGAGCGUCUCUGACAACAGUAAGAAAGGCUGCAUAGGUAAAGGGGCAUUUGUUCAGCUGCCGGACCUCUUGAACAUGCAGGUGACCAUAGAGAAAGCAGAGCAACCCCCCCUCCAGACUUUGCUUCCCCCCCUCUAUCUGUCCAUCCCCAGCCGCCUUGUCUGCCGCAUGGUCCGGCACAGGUUGUUUGUGUACACCUAUGACUUGAUCACCCUGGUUAAUGCAGUGUUUAUCUGCCUGGACGAGGAGAACCUGCUGAUAGCCAACACUGAGUGGGUAUUCCUGGCCCUCUACCUCCUAGAGAUCCUCCUCAAACUGUACACCUUCAAACCCCGGACUUUCUUCUCCAGACACAAGUUCUGGAACUGGUUUGACACCAUCAUCGUCAUCUCUCCCUUGAUAGCUAUGAUCAUCAAUUCAGUGGUUAAAUCUGAAGGCUACACUAGCCGUCAGAUCCUGGACAUUGUGUUCAUCCUACGCAUCGUGAGGCUCAUACGAGUGGUGGACAGGAUUAAAAGAGUCGGUGUCAUCAUAAACACUCUCAUCAAGAUGGGACCGACUAUGCUCACGUUUGGUCAGCUCAUUGUGGUGGUCUAUUACGUAUUUGCCAUGGUGGGAAUGGAGCUGUUCAAAGGAAAAAUUCACUUUUUUGAUGUAAAGUCUACUCAUCCGGAUAAGGCAUUUUGUGGAAACCCCCUGCUGAAAAACUCAUCGUUUGCCAAACACAACUACUGCAAGAACAACUUCAACAAUGUGAUUUCUUCAUUUAUUCUCCUACUGGAACUCACUGUGGUCAACCAGUGGCAUGUGCUGGCCAGCGGUUUCACUGCAGUCACUCAUGUCUCAGCCAGGAUCUUCUUUGUCCUCUUUCACAUUGUGAUUGUCAUCAUCAUCAUCAACAUUUUCAUUGCUUUUGUCCUGGAAGCCUUCUUUGUGGAGUACACCAUGGAAAAAAGUGACCUACAAUCGUCUCUGGAGAAGAAAAUUAAGGAACUAGAAUUGGGCAUCAAACACGAUGUUAGAGAUGAUGAUAUGAGCAGCUACGAGCCGACCAAAGAAAAACCGGAAUUUCUAUUCAAAAUCAAAUCUAAAAGAUACAAAACUUUGGAUGGUUUGAUGCAGAAAAUGUUUGAGGCAGACAUAGGUCCAGAGAUAUUUGCAGAAGAUGAAGAUGGAGAUGCAGAUAAAUCAUAGAUUCUAAACUUACCAUUUCCAAACUUUGAGUCUAUGUAAUGGUAGUAGGAUGGAAUAUUUAUUGAGGUAAUUUGUUGCAACAUUAAAGGUUUCAAUUGUCUUUCUUUUGGGAAACAUGAUUAAA